AUGGCGGCGACGGUGGGCAAGGCUGCGGCGGUGGCCUACGGGCACGGCGAGAGCGGCGGGGGCCGCGGCGGUGGGGGCAGUUUCCUUGGGCCGCGGGUGCCGGCCGAGGUGGAGGCCAUGGCCCGGGGCAUGCAGGAGCUGGGCAAGGAGACUUUCCGGCGGCUCCUCAAAGUCACUGUUAAUGCACUGGAAGGAAAAGACUGCAAAGAAUCUGUCAAGCUGAUUGCAGAAAGCUCUAAUCUCUCAGAAGAGCAACUUGCUUUCCUCAUUUCUGGCAUGUAUACCCUUCUUCGAGAAGCGCUGAGACUCCCCUUAUCAACUUUCAAACAAGAAGUUUUUAAGGAAGACCUAAAGGAGCUCAGGAUACCAGAAGAUUUCAUUGUGGACUUUUCCAGUGUAGUCUUUGGUAACAGGCGCCCUGAUUCCGAAGGCACGGCUCUGAUGCAACGAAGCAGGCUGCCAAGUGUCCAGGAGUUCAAGUGGAGAGUGGACGUAGCUAUAUCCACAAGUUCACUGGCCCGUGCACUUCAACCAUCCAUUCUAAUGAUGAUGAAGCUUUCAGAUGGGACAGCUCAUCGCUUUGAAGUGCCAGUUGCAAAGUUUCAAGAACUGAGAUACAAUGUUGCCCUUAUACUGAAGGAAAUGAAUGAUUUGGAGAAAAGGAGCAUAUUGAAGAUCCAGGACUGAACACUUUUAAAUUGGGGGUUUAUAGAACAGAUCUGAAACCCUUGGUCUGUUUUGUGAAUGGCAAAGCAGGGGACCAUCACCACUCUGCCUGUCUGAACUGCAUAGAGUUUAUGCUGUCUGCUGUAAAUAUUUUUUCAAGUGUUAAAAGCACAAGCUCUUUUCCUAAGACUUAAGAAAAAACAAGAAUAUCUGAAAAAAUAUAAUGCUGUUUGUGAGUUUUUUGCAUGAUUCAUCAAAACAUUUUUUUAAAUAAUGUAAGAGUCAUUUCUGAUUAUGAGUCAUCACUAAUUAUUUUUGAAAGCCUGCUACUGGAAGGCCUGUCAAUGUGUACCAUAAGAA